CUCACUCAACCUGAGAGAGGAGACCUUCUCCUGUUGCUCUGGACUUCACUGCUCUCGUCCACUUUGGGACCUUAAAGUCAAGCUUCACGUGUCUCUAUGUGUUUUGAUUUAACACAUUCAGACCGGAAAAAGGCUUUUUUGUCCAAACUGCCCUCUGUUCUCCAGGCAGCAGAUCUGGAGGCUGCUGCCUUGCUCGAGGGCCCCUCAGCAGUCACAGGGGGGCCAGCUCUCGGGAUUCUGUGCUUUGUCAGUUUUCUCUCCCUGAAAACACAAGCAGCCCACAGACGCUGCACUAAGGACAUCGUCACACGGGUCCAGACGCUCAUCAACCAAGCCCCCGAUGUGAAGUUGUGGGACAUUCGACUCUACACCCCAACCCCUGAAGAUUCCCAGAAAUGCCCCAGCUCGACCUUGAAGUGUUAUGCUGAGGAAAUCAAAGUCCUCUGUGUCGAGUUGAAAAGUGUUGGAGUCCAAACUGAAAAGCUCCAACUUAACGCCAAGCUGGAAAAACUGGCAAUGUUUUUUAACCAGACGGAGGUCGCCUGUCGUCAGUGUGAAAUCUUCACGAAACAAAACGCAACAAUGUUCCUGGGUAAUCUGAUGUCUGCUCUCCAGAUGAUGAACCAGCAGUUCUGUGAACAGAGCCUUUUUCCCAAAUGGAUUAAAGUCUACACAUAACAAGGAGACCACAAUGAGACCUGGGAGAUGGAUGGUAUCGAGGAACAGAUCUGGGGAAACGUUCAGGAACGUUUCUGCAGCACUGAAGGUCCGAAUGAGCACAGUGGCCUCAUCAUCGUUAACGGAGAAGUUUGGAACCACCAGGACUCUUCCUAGAGCCGGCCGUCUGGCCAAACUGAGGGAUCGGGGGGGAAGGGCCUUAGCCAGGGAGGUGACCAAGAACCCGAUGGUCCUCUGAAAGAGCUCCAGUGUUGCACUGUGAUGAGAGGAGAACCUUCUAGAAGGACAACCAUCUCUGCAGCACUCCACCGAUCAGGCCUGUCUGGAGUGGCCAGACGGAAGCCACUCCUCAGUGAAAGGCUCCUGAAGGACUGUGACCAUGAGAAACCAAACUCUCUGGUCUGAUGAAACAAAGAUGAACUCUUUGGCCUGAAUGCCAAGCGUCAUGUCUGGAGGAAACUAGGCACCGCUCAUCACCUGGCCACCACCAUCCAGCGAGGCCUGGUGGUGGCAGCAUCAUGCUGUGGGAGGUUUUUCAGAGGCAGGAACUGGGAGACUAAUCAGGAUCGAGGGGAAGAUGAAUGCAGCAAUGCACAGAGACAUCCUGGAUGAAAACCUGCUCCAGAGCGCUCUGGACCUCAGACUGGGGCGAGGGUUCAUCUCCCAACAGGACAACGACCCCAAGCACACAGCCAAGAUAACAAAGGAGUGGCUUCGGGACCAAUCUGUGAAUGUCCUUGAGUGGCCAAGACGUGAACCCGACUGAUCAUCUCUGGAGGGAUCUGGAAAAGGCUGUGCACCGCCGCUCCCCAUCCAAACUGAUGGAGCUGGAGAGGUCCUGCAGGAAGGAUGGAGACACGGCCCAGGAAGAGGCUGUAGCAUCAGACUCAAUAAGACUUGAGGCUGAAGCUGCUGCCAAAGGAGCUUCAACAAAGUGUUAAGCAAAGGCUGUGAAUACUUAUGUACAUGUUAUAUUUCAUUGUUUAGUUUUAAUAAAUUUGCAAAAGUUUAAACAAACUUUUUCACUUUGUUAUUAUGGGGUAUCGUGUGUCGAGUUUUAAAGAAACUUAACGUAGUUUUCAGUGUGCACGUUGUUUUAAG